UUAGACCCUAUCAUUUUUCUUUUAGGAUCCCUUGAUCACAUCACUGUGGUAACUGCUGAUGGGAAGCUAGCUUUAAACCAGAUUGGCCAGAUCUCCAUGAAGUCGCCACAGCUGAUUUUGGUGAAUAUGGCCAGCUUCCCAGAGUGUACAGCUGCAGCUAUCAAGGCUAUAAGAGAAAGUGGAAUGAAUCUGAACCCAGAAGUGGAAGGGACGCUAAUUCGGGUACCCAUUCCCAAAGUGACCAGGGAGCACAGGGAAAUGCUAGUGAAACUGGCCAAGCAGAACACCAACAAAGCCAAAGAGUCCUUGCGGAAGGUUCGUACCAGCGCGAUGAAUAAGCUGAAGAAGUCAAAGGACAAGGCCUCGGAGGACACCAUCCGGCUCAUAGAAAAGCAGAUCAGCCAAAUGGCCGACGACACAGUUGCAGAGCUGGACAGGCACCUGGCAGUGAAGACCAAAGAGCUCCUUGGAUGAAAGUCCACCAGGCCCAGCAGUUCAGAGCCCCGUUUCUGGUGGAUCCCUGGGUGGCUAAUUGGCACCUGUCUACCCAUCCACACAGAAGGCUGUCACUGUGUACUUGGCAGUCCUCGCGAGGCCCAGCCUUCCAGUGGGACACCCAGACUUGUUCCUUCUCUGCCUCCUGUCCCCUGUCCACCCCAUCUGCUCUGGGCGUCUGGCAUGGGUGGCUGUCGGCGAGUACCUGUUACCAACAGAGGGCCUCUCCUUAGGCAUUUGCCAAAUGGCUAGGACCACUGGCAGGCUUAGCGCCAACUGCACCUCCUGUUGGGAGCUUCCUGUCCAAACAAUUAGUCAUGCCCUGUCCCCAGCUCUCAUCUUUGCUUAGACUGAUGUGGGCCCUAACCUGUGACUGGGUAGCUUUGCUAGAGGCCCAUUCUCACCAAACAAUAAAGUCUAAAGGAAUUGGAAAGAGUAAUAACCACAAAGGAAACUGGAGAGUGGGUCUGGCUGUAUGCUCUCUGAGGACCUGUGUGUCAAGCAGCCGGAACGGUACUUUUGCCUCUGGGUCAUUUUCACACCUGCUCUUUUCUCUGUUGCCACCUUCCUCCACUCCUCACCUGGCCAGUCCUGUUCGCCCUUCACAUCUCAUCUGGAAAAGCACUUCUUCUGGGAAGUCAUUCCCCCCCCGCCCAUUAUUGGCUCUCAUAGCACCAUCAACUGUUUUUAUCUGAACCUUAAUUGUUCUUUCUGAUAAUUACUCUGCAUAUCUUCAGUAGCCUCAGAAUUUGGCAUAAUGCCUGGGACACAGUAGACACUCAAAUGUGCUAUGAAUGAACUGUACAUAGUAGCUACUCAGCAAAUGCUGGCUGCUUGUCUUUUCUUUCCAUUUUAACAUUUUCCACUCUUGCUCUGUCCUCAACAUUUGCUUGGUUGUGAGAUACCUUUUCCCAGGGUCUGCCUGUUGACAGAUAAGUGGGUUUGUUGUGGCUCAUUUUGGGGUACUGGGUUAAGUUAGUCCUCCCCCAUGCAUUGAUUUUUCUUUUAUUCAUUUGUUUGUUCAUUCAUUCAUUCACUUAUAACAUAGCCAUCCUGAGCUAGAUACGGUUCUAGGCAGUAUUUUUUAUCUUCACAGUAAACUUGCAAGAUGUGUGUUAUCUCCAUUUUACAAAUGGGAAAACUGAGACUUGACAAUAUGAGAUAAUUUGCCCAAAGUAACAAAAUCAGUAAGAGGGUUUCAUUAUUCACUGUCAUUCGCAUUUUACAGAGAGGGAGGGGCUCAGUCAGAGGUGAAGUCUCUUGCCCAAGGUUACACAGCUGGCACAUGGCAGAGCUGGGAUUCAGACUGAGGCUUGAUCUAAAGCAUUGCUCGUCCCAGUGUGUCCUGCUGCCUUCGUAAACAUGAGUGAGCACCAGUUGGGUCUCAGGUACACAAAUGGGUAAGACCCCUGUCUCUGAGUGAGGGGUGUGUGGUGCACUGGACUGAGCUGCUAUUUAUGUCUCGGGUGGAAGGUCAGAGGUUCGCUCCAGCUCUGCCCAAUGUCUGCCUGGAGAACAGCACCCACCUCGGCAGCAGCAGGGCCUUGCCGCAUUCCUUUGAAGCAGCACCCAGCUUCUCUUUGCUGUUUGACUCCUCUCUGUGCUAGAGGUGAUAGGGUGCACUCCUCCCCUGCUUGUACUGGUGGGAUAUGCUGACGACAGCCAAGGAGACUCAAGGUUAGAAUUAGGCCGAAGAUGGAAGAAGCUAUUAUAACAAUCUCCGCCCUGCUUGCCUGUCCUCAGUCAGACCCCAGUCACCAGUCCCGAGUAGCCGUCACACAACUGGAAGUCAACUAAAGGAAGAACAGGGCUAGAAAGAGCAGUCAAGGAGCCUUUUUGGGGGUGAGCCACAUGGCGAGGGCUUUGCAACAGUUUUUCAUGAGUGGCCGAAAUCCCCCACUCACUGCAAAUGUGCUUCUCAAAGAUGCAGGAUUUUUUAAUAAACAGAGGAAAUGAUAAAUUAUGUUGUAACUCCACUCCAAAGGCAUUUGGUUCUUAACAGCCAAAUCCUCUGUAGUCUUUAAAUAAACAAAAACUUAUUUGGUGAACAGACGGGGGUGGGGGUGGGGUGGAAAUUGAAAGAUUUUCUGUAGUUGGGUUCCACAUGUCAACAAUUUCUCUCCUGUGUGUAUGUUGGCCAAAGCCGUAUAUCAUGAUAAAUGAAUAAAGGAAAACCUCGGGCCCAGGGCAGUCAGACAGCUCAGCAAAUGGCUUUCAGCUGAUUGCUCUAGUUCAGUUGACAUUUAUCAAAGAGUUCCUCUGUUCCUCUGUGUGUCAGGGCUUAGGUGGUGGCAGGGACCAGAGUAAGACUACCUGUUUGGAUGUGCUGGGUAAUGAGUAAUGCUGGAACAAUCCCUUCUCCCUCUCCCGUCUUCAGCCUCUCUCUCUUUCAAAAAGAAAAGCUGGGUAUGGAAAUUCUCACACUUGCCAGAAGAGUUAACCACCUCCUCUAUCCAAUUCAACAGCUUU